AUGCGAUGUGAGGCCCAACGUCUAACGUCGGUUCACAAUUUUUGUGUGGAUGCACGCCAUCUAAUGGCUGACAGAGAGGCCAAUCAGAAUCACGAGUCCACAGUGACUGUCCUCCUGUUAGGGGAUCCGGGAUGCGGAAAGUCUACUUUCUUAUCGCGCUUAAAGAAUUGUCCUAGCCAAACGAGAGGAUCUGCUCCAGACUCAUCAAAUAUAGAGCUCUUACGAGACACUGACCAGCCUUUUCUUUACGACAUCCGCUUCUCAAAAGCAUCGUUCACUCUUGAACUGUAUGAUACCGCAAGUGCCGAUCAACAUUGGACCACGUUGCAGCCGGACGUGGUGCUUUUAGCCUUUGACAUAUCCAAUAGAGAAUCAUUAUCUGGACUCAAGGCCUGGCGACAUGAUAUCAUCCAAUACUUUCAACAUGGCCAUGGCGAACGUAUCCCCGUCAUGAUGCUGGGGCUGAAGAGAGACCUGAGAGUAGAAGAUGAAGGCAUUAUUUACCCUCAGGAGGCGUACCGGAUUGCUCAGGAGCUCCGCUGCGAUCGUUAUGCCGAAUGUUCCGCAGUGACAGGUGAACUCUUGACGGAAACCUUUGAAGACCUCGCCAGGCUGGCAGGGAUGACGACAACGGCAAAAGGCGGACAGACUCAGGGAGGUUGCGUCGUUAUGUGA